CAGCGAUGAAAGGUUGUCCGCUAGAUCUUCUGUAACUUCAGGGUGGUAGAGACGCCAGACAGUCAGGAAGAACCAUCCCACGGUUAGACAAUGCAGUCACAAUUUGCUCAAGACUCGGUACAUGAAGGUCCUCACUUGCUCUACUUCUCCUCCUACCUUUGAGCUCUUCACCACCACAUCAAUCCCUUACCCUCAGGUCUGGAACAGCCCCAACCCUACAAACGAAACAACUGCCGCUCCCCCCCACAAUGCCCAAAUCCCCUUAUCCCAUCCUCUCGGCCCCUGCAUCGCAACCCACGUAUCCGUCACACACACAAGAGUCCACGCCAUCGUCAAAACUCCCAUCUCCUUCGUUUUCCCUUCACGAUGGAACCAAAACAACGCUGCUGCAGCGGCCAAGUCCCGUAUACCAAGAAACACCAUUGCUUUUUCGGUUAUGGUGCGGCCUUCUGGUGUGGUGGGCGUAACCCCGAGAGAUUCUCCAGCGACGGGCGGAGAGAGUAUUGCCAGGGCUCCUAGACCGAAGAUAGUAGUUGUGAGGCCAAGGCCAACGAGGCGCCAUGUUGAGUGGGUGAGGAGGCGGUUAGGGAAAGCCAUAGUAAUAUUGGCCUUGUGGAAUUGAUAUUGGAAGUGGUAGAAAAAGCUGUGAAGAGUUUGAAGACCAAGGGGGUCCGAUACAACAGCUUUCGGAAGCUUGCGGAUGAGCCUUUUGGGUUAACCCUUGAUAGGAAAAAAAAAGCACACCUAGCAGCUAAGGUGAUAAGGUGUCGUGGAGAUGAAAUGAGAGAGGCCUGAAGUUGAAAGAGAAAAAGAAGCUGGAAUUUUCAAUCAAUUGGACUGACAGGGAAUUGAGGUAUUCAACUAUUAAUCCCAUGCGGUCAUAGCAUCCCAGAUCACUAAUGUGGCCUGAAUUCCC